AUGGCGAGUUCUCCGCGGCCUUGGAGUGCCUGGAAUCUGCGAGCCCGGGAUUGCGGUGGAAAUGGAUCCAGGAAAGUUGAUGGAGCUAUGGUGCCACGCUCUAGCAGUGAGCUCUGGCUAUCUAUGUGCUCAACAUGCUGUGGAAGGCUGGGAAGCUUGGCAGAUGCUAGAAGCGUCUUUGAGGGGAUCGAGAACCCGGACUUGGUUUCCUGGAACGCGAUGAUCCAGAACUUCCCGGAAGAGCAAGCUUUGCCGGAUUCUCACACCUUUGUAGCAGCAUGGCUGCGACUCCAACGUUUUCGUGGGAAGCUGCUUGAUCGACAUGUACUCGAGCUUCGCGAGUAUGGCCGAUGUGCACAGGGUGUUCCAGGCGAUUCCUCGCAACGACGUCGUCUCGUAGACGUCUCUGGUGCUCGGCGGCGAGAUCCAGAGGAGGCUACUGUCCAGAAAGCAAUGGCUCUACACUCUCAAGCUCACGCAGGGAGCCACGGCGCCAACAUCUUUAUCAUUAUCACGUCGCUGGUGGAUCUCUACGCCAACUGUGGAAGCAUGGUCGAUGCCCAUAGAGUUUUCGACGCGGUUGACAAGCUCCAGCGCACGUCCUUGGCUCUCUGGAACGCGCUGCUACUAGAGAACGGAGAUCCAGAGCUGGUGCUAGAGUGGUUUCCAAAGAUGGAGCUGGAGUUACUGCGAAACCAGCUCCGUCGGCCAGACUCCCGGAGCUUUGCGUGCGCAUUCAAGGCCUGCGGUGGUGCUGUGGCUCUCUCCACAGGCAAAGCUUCCCACGCCAGAGUUUGCCGGCUCGGUCUGGAUUUCUACGCAAAGUGUGGCAGCCUCGCCGAUGCCCCGCAAGUUUUACGACUCCCAGAUCUCCGGAAGCAACUCGACUAUCACCUGGACAGCGUUGAUGGCCGGCUACAGCAGGAAAGGCGACGCUACUCAGGUGCUCGAGCUCUACCGCGAGAUGGAGGCCGGAGGGAUAGAGCCGAGCUCAGCCACGCUCCUCUCCAUCUUGCAACCACGCCGGUAGGCUCGAGGAGAUCAAGGUCUUCUUCGCGGCAAUGCGGACCAAGUAUAGGAUCAGAGCACUUAUCGAUGAUGUACGAGGUGGCUGUCACCCCAGAGAACAAGCCUUCUUCGGGCUUGGAAGCAAAAUCAAAGGCUUUGGUCUUGGCUUCCUUGUUGGAAGAAGCUCGGAAGAAAGCGAUAAGGAAAAGUACUCUCUCGCCUGUGAGUACCUGGAUGCACACUUCGGCCACAUGGAAUGCUCUUGGUGCUAGUGUUGAGCAGCUCAGCCAACGAUGA